AUGGUCCGACGUAGACCACGCUUACGGCGAGGCCACUGACCUACCAAAGACUCUACGCGAUCUUCAGUCGCCCGACGAAGAUACCCACGAGCGAGCCCUCUACUCGCUGUAUGGGAGCAUUUGCCACCAAGGCAGUCGGUACACUUCUACGCCCCUCGCUAUUCCCUUCCUAUACAGGCUCAUCGACAGCCCGGACACGCCCGCUCGAGGAGAGUUGUUGCUGUUCAUGGCGUUCCUGGCCACUGGGCUCAACUCGGAUGAACUUCCCCUAGGAACGGACGUUGCACACCAGCGCAAGCGCGUGGCUGAGCUUCGAGAAGAUCCCAACCGGGUUGAAAUCAUCAAAAAGGGCCUAGAUGAGUGUCUCGGCGAUGCGAUCGUAGAACGAAACAGGGAGUAUCUUGAGUCGUAUAUCAAGUCUCUUCGCGCUUCAGGAGCUCCGGAGAAUGAAGCGAAUUGGUGGUCCCCAGAAGUCAGGUCCUACAAUGCGAUUCAGAAUGGUCUCGAUACUGCCUAUCGCUGCCUAAAAGACGACUCUGCCGAGGUGCGGACUUGUGCCGCGUUUCUGCUGGCCUGGUUCCCUGAUAGGUUGAGUGAUAGCGAGCAACACUUGAUGGAGAGCUCGACUGUGAACAGACGCCUACGGCCCAAGCGACUGCAGUCAUCUCCUUGGCUACUCUCCAGGCGAUGAAGGAGGAUUUCUCCGAGACUCGUAUCGUCCGUCGUCUGAGAGAUAUCCAGUCUCGGAGCAGCUCUUGCCUUGUGACUUGGGCGAGCAGCCUCUCGCUCGUCAAACUUCGAGUGAAUACGGAGAAAGAACUGUCGGAGGUUAUGAAAUUAUUCGCAGACGAGGAUCGGUACCCAGAGCGAUUGGAAGAAGAGUUGGAACAAGGGAAGUUUCCCUUCCUCGAUGGUCGGCCAAGCACGCUCAAGAGUCUAGCCGCGAGGGAGCUACAGCAUUUCAAGGGAUCAAAACACCCGGAGAUGGUCAAGGUUAUAACGUCCGCAACCGCAUUCAGUCGCGGAAUCGACCUCGUCACGAUAUCAAGCGCCUUGUUGAAUAUUGCGUUUGAUGGAGUCAAGCCUGAUUCUGAGCCUGAUUUUGACGGUCUCAAUGAUCUCCAGCAAGAAGUGAUGCGAGCGCUUAACACUAGACUUGAGAAACGCGUUCAAUUCGGAAAUUUUAUGAUGGUGCUGGAAUCUUGGAAUCUUCCAAGCAGGGCAGAGGACUUUGAGGUAUUCAUCAAACAUCCAGAUGCUUUCCAAAGCAGGUUAUAA